UUGUUCCAACUAACGGUCAGCUGCGGCCACACUAUUGCUCUGCGACAGAUUUCAUAAUUCUCAAGUCAGCGAGGAAAGCACAAAAACUUCGUUUAGGAGCGUUUAUAAUGUCGGCGUCGGAGCAGGGACCUAAGAUCAAGUACGGGGAAAGCGCUCCGAAGCUGGACAAGGCGCAGCUGCAGUUCAUGAAGCUGAUCGAGGAGCAGAACCUGGACCGCGUGCAAAAACUGAAGCGCAUCCGCCGCAAUAAUCUUCUGACUGCCGGCGCUUUGGGUGUCUCCGUUUUGGCCAUCUACGGCUACUCCAUCUUUUCGGUGCAGCAGGAGAAGUUCCUGGACGACUUCGAGGAGCCCAAGAAGGUGUCCUCCUAGCUUCUGUCCGCGUUAGUUAUCCGUAGUUCGUAAGCGUUUUCUUCAUUUUACAACAGUUUUACACUUUUUGAAGUCGUUGCACAACAGGAUGGCCCAAGCUAGUGCCCGUGUGCUUCAGAGCGGCAUGCGCCUGCCUCCAAUGCCCACAAUUCGGGAGCUGGUGAAGCUCUACAGGCUACAGGCCCGAAAACAACUAAGCCAGAACUUUCUCAUGGACGA